AUGGCGAUGGAGCCGGCGGUGAAGGUGGCGCUGGGGACGGCGGCGUUCGGCAUCUUCUGGGUGCUGGCCGUGUUCCCGGCGGUGCCCUUCCUGCCCAUCGGCCGCACGGCGGGGUCGCUGCUGGGGGCCAUGCUCAUGGUGCUCCUCAACGUCAUCACCGCCGACGAGGCCUACGCCGCCGUCGACCUGCCCAUCCUCGGCCUCCUCUUCGGCACCAUGGUCGUCAGCGUCUACCUCGAGCGCGCCGACAUGUUCCGCCACCUGGGACGCGCGCUCUCGUGGCGCAGCCAGGGCGGCAAGGACCUCCUCCUCCGCACCUGCGCCGUCUCCGCGCUCGCGUCGGCGCUCUUCACCAACGACACCUGCUGCGUCGUGCUCACCGAGUUCAUCCUCAAGAUCGCCCGCCAGAACAACCUCCCGCCCAAGCCGUUCUUGCUCGCGCUCGCCUCGUCGGCGAAUAUCGGCUCCGCCGCCACCCCCAUCGGCAACCCGCAGAACCUCGUCAUCGCCGUGCAGAGCGGCAUCUCCUUCGGCGACUUCGUCUUCGGCAUCCUGCCGGCCACCCUCGUCGGCGUCGUCGUCAACGCCGCCAUCCUGCUCUGCCUCUACUGGCGGGAGCUGUCCGACGAGAAGUGCGUCGACGUGUCCCACGACGCGCUCCCCGCCGAGGUCGUCGAGGAGGACGACGUCACCUCGCACCGCUUCUCGCCGGCCACCAUGUCGCACCCGCGCCGCGGCCGCCUCCCGGACGGCUCUGUUCUUCCCGACGCGGCCGGCUGCGAGGUGCACUGCUCAUGCGAGCCGGUGAAGCCUGGCUCCGUCAACGGCGACGCCAAGGCGGCGCCCGACGGCGUCGGGAUCCACCAGAGGCGUGGCUCUGCCGCCAGAGUGACGACCAAGGAGGAGGAUGAGUACUGCUGCUUCAACUCGACGGAGGAGAAGGAGGCGGCCAUGGACGAGGAGUGGAAGAACAGGCUGUGGAAGACGUGCGUGUACGCCAUCACCUUCGGCAUGCUCGUGGCGCUGCUGCUGGGGCUCAACAUGUCCUGGAGCGCCAUUACCGCCGCCCUGGCGCUCAUCGUGCUCGACUUCAAGGACGCCCGCCCCUGCCUCGAGAAGGUCUCCUACCCACUGCUGCUCUUCUUCUGUGGGAUGUUCAUCACCGUGGAUGGCUUCAACAAGACCGGCAUUCCGAGCACCUUCUGGGAGUUCAUGGAGCCCUACGCGCGGAUCGACACGCCGACCGGGGUGGUCAUCCUCGCCCUGGUCAUCCUUCUCCUCUCCAAUGUCGCGUCAAAUGUCCCGACCGUCCUGCUGCUCGGCGCACGGGUGGCGGCCUCAGCGGCGGCGAUCUCCCCCGGUCGGCGGCGAACCUCAUCGUGUGCGAGCAGGCGCGUCGGUCCCAGCAGUUCGGGUAUACCCUCUCCUUCUUCAGCCACCUCCAGUUCGGCUUCCCGGCGACGCUCAUCGUCACCGGCAUCGGCCUGCUGCUCAUCAAGAGCAACUGAACAGAGUCCUCAUGAUUAUCAAUACAACAGCAGAAGAAGAAGACAUGAUUCAUAUGGAUAUAUAGGCAUGUAA